GUCCCGGCCUGUGCCGUCCGUGCCGUCCCUGCCCCGCGCUCUCCCCACAGAGCCAACACAGCCAAGAACUUCAGCUGGUUUGGACUUCAAUGUCAGCAGAAUGGUUUAUCAUGUUCCAUUACUGGGGAUUCCUUGUUGCUGGUGAUGGGUGAGCCUGAAAAAACACAGCUUCCCUUGCACAUCCCAGGCUCCUCUUUAGCCCGUUGUCCUGAAGACAAGAGGUUCUGGCUGACCAGGAGUCUCUGUUAGCAGUUCAAGUUGGCUGGAGAAUGGAAGGUGUUGAGUUUAAGGAAGAAUGGCAAGAUGAAGAUUUUCCAAGGCCCCUGCCAGAGGAUGAUCCUGUUGAAUCUGAAACAUUGGCUGCAGCUGGAACAGAAAGCCAGGCUGAUGCAGAUGUUAAUGGAACCAAAGUGAGGAAGAAACUAGUGGCUCCAGAUAUCAGCUUAAAUUUGGAUCCCAGCGAGCAACCUGCUUUGUCUGAUGACUUGGAUGAGAGUGGAGAGAUUGAUUUGGAUGAUUUAGAUACUCCUUCAGAAAACAGUAAUGAAUUUGAAUGGGAAGAUGAUCUUCCCAAACCAAAAACUACUGAUGUGAUUAGGAAGGGCUCCCUCACUGAGUACACUGAGGCAGAGGAGAAGGACGAUGGGCGGCGCUGGCGGAUGUUCCGGAUUGGAGAGCAGGACCACAGGGUGGACAUGAAGGCAAUUGAACCCUAUAAAAAAGUUAUCAGUCAUGGGGGUUAUUAUGGUGAUGGGUUAAAUGCCAUUGUUGUGUUUGCUGUUUGCUUUAUGCCUGAAAGCAGCCAGCCUAACUACAGAUACCUGAUGGACAAUCUAUUUAAGUAUGUAAUUGGCACUUUAGAGCUGUUGGUAGCUGAGAACUAUAUGAUAGUUUACCUGAAUGGUGCAACCACACGGAGGAAAAUGCCCAGUCUAGGCUGGCUCAGGAAGUGUUACCAGCAGAUUGACAGAAGGUUAAGAAAAAAUCUGAAAUCAUUGAUUAUAGUUCAUCCUUCUUGGUUCAUCAGAACACUCCUGGCCAUCACAAAACCUUUUAUUAGCUCAAAAUUCAGCCAAAAAAUUAGGUAUGUCUUUACCCUGGCAGAACUAGCUGAGCUCAUCCCCAUGGAGUACGUUGGCAUCCCAGAGUGCAUAAAACAGUAUGAAGAAGAAAAGUUUAGAAAGAAACAGAAAAGAGUUGACCAAGAGCUGAAUGGAAAACAAGAGCAGAAAAGUGAACAGUAAGUUUGGAGCACAAACAAGACUGAAGAAUGUGCAGAUGGGAUGAUGCUGUUUCCAUUUCCAAUGUGUUCUCUGUGUGUAUGUAUCAUAUAACCUGUUGCAAAAGGUGCUUUGGACUAGCACAAGAACUGCUUCCUGCUGUAUUGGUUUGUCUUGACUUUAAUAGCUGUUUAUGUACUCGUUUUAUACUGCUAAAUGUCAGAGAACCCUAUGUUUUUCAGAGGAUGUUCUUGCCAUUGUUUAUCUAAAUGAUGCAUGUUCUUCAGUAAAAUAUUUAUAUACCUAAAUGUUAAAGGAAAGAGAUAAUAUAUAUUUUUAUGACUGAGCAAUAUACUGUGUGUGCCUGCUGAAGGAGUUCAUUUGCAGGUAGACAAGGCCAUAAGUUACUUGUUUUUAUUGUAUCAAUCUGUUUUGCUGUAAAUGGUCAAGUGCAUUUCUUCACUGUUGCAGAAAGUUGUUUGGUUAUUAACAAUCACAUGAAGUCUUUCACGAGUGCAGAGACCCUUCUUUUUGCUCACACACCCAAUACAGGCUCACUCCUUACCUUGAGAGUCCUUCAGUCCCCUGUCCAGGGUGCAGAACUUCAGUUCUGGGAACAUCAGGCUCUUGGCCAAAGGGUUCAAGCCUGAGCCACAACAGAAGCUGAACUGUUUGAAUGACUAGUAAAGUAUCAGACCUUUCUCAGCUGAAGUUGUGAAUUUAGGAUCUGCUUCAGGACAUCCAGACUGUCUCAGCUCCUGCUAUGAAGCAAGUUCUUUGCAGUUCUUUCUGGAUGCACCUUGGUUGUCCGUAGUAGGAACUCUGGUCAUACUCAGUAGAACUUGGGAGUUACACAGUUAUUCCAGCCAUAAUACCAUUUUUUUUUGGCAGAAGUAUGGGGAGUCUUAUGCUACCUGUGUCAUCCCUGGAGAUGAAACAUCUGUUUCUAAAGCUCUUAAGUUUGGUACGUGAUACAGCAGUACUUUACUUUUACAAAAGUGAUUUAAAGGUUGGGGUUUUUUCUGCUCUCCACAACGGUGGUAAACCUGUGUCUGUAAGAGGUGUUCUUGGACACAUCACUACUGUUUAUACGUUUAUCGAGGCAAUCAUAAUGCAGCAGGGAAUAUGUUGAAGAAGUUUGUAACAUCUUCUGAUAAACAUUGCAAUUUCCCUGUAAGGACAGGUGCAUGCAAAUAAAUUCAUUCAGGAGUUGAGCAAUAUAAUGUUCUAGCAAAUAUAUUAAAUCUUUGCUUUUGAUGUUUAUUGUGCUCACAAUUUUGUCUUUGCCAAAAAAUAUCACUUCUCAAUUAUAUUUUAAGUUAGUGUUACUCAGUUACGUUAUUAGAAAAAAAUCUGGUUGUGUUCAACCAAAUUACUGCCUGACACUGCUAAACAGCAGCUGAGAAAGAGUUCUGGGGUCACGAUUUUGCAAUUAACAAUCUGCUGUCUCUAGUGAUACCUGUACAGACUCUGGGAGCACACUGAUGUCAGGUGAGGGCAGCUUGCCCAUGUCUCUGGAAGGUUAAGUCUGCAGUUUGAAGAUGUUCCUCUCCAGAUCGAAGUUCUUUUGUUACAGUAGUUUCAAAGAGAUUAAUAAGCAGGGUGUACUUGUAUAAGAGGCAAUACCAAUGUCAAGGUGCCUUGCAUACAUUCCAUCAGGUUUGGCUCUUGCUCUGAGGGCAGAGCACAAAUGCUAACAGUUUCUUUUGGGCUGCCUUAUCUCCUGCCUCAGUUUCCAUGUUGACCCAGAUUAAUGUCAAGUUUAGUCAGUAAACUGGGCACUUACAGCCUUCUGAUCCUUUGACAGUGUGGUGUGUAUGUACAUGCAAACCUGAUUUUUACUGGGUUUCCAUGCAUCCUAAGCUAAACAGUAAGCAUUCUGAUGAUCUGAUUUCCAUUUUUUCCUAACUGAAGAAAGGUUUAUUCUCAGUGGAGGGGUUGUAGUUCUCUCUGCCCUGUUCCUCUCUCUGUGUAUAGUGCAGUGUGGAGAAGCCAGUGCUCUCUAUGUGCCAUAUUUACCAAAUGAUGGGAUUGUUGUUGUGUUUCCUGCUGGCCAAGUGAGUCCACAGUUUCAUGCUGCAGGAGUCUGAUUUCUUUUGGGGACAUGUAUGUGCUUCCCAAAUGGUUUAUUUCUCUAGUGAAGUUGUUGUGAGCACAACAGCUCUUCUGUCCCUAAAGAUGCGCAGCCUGCAAAAGAGGUGUGCUGAAGAAUUAUCCCCCUCUGACUUCUUGCAGCUCAUCAUUGAAUGGUGAGGUGGAUGUUUACAAAAAACAAAGUGGUCCCAAAGUUAUGAGUAAUGUUUUGUCAAACUUAUCUUUUUUUGAAAUCUAUAAUAUAAUGUAAUAUAUUUUAAUAAUUAAAAACAUGAAAAGU